CACUCACGCACUUAACAGCAACAACUUGUUGUUCUCUGCUAAGCCCUAAGGCACUGUUAUGACAUCUUUAGUCAAUUGGAUCUGGUCACACUGCAGAGCGGCAAAUAUUUGUCAACAAUGAAAAAUACGGGCAAAUUACAGGGCAAAACGUUAUUUAUUACGGGCGCAUCUCGAGGCAUUGGCAAGGCAAUUGCUUUGAAAGCAGCACGCGAUGGCGCGAACAUCGUAAUAGCCGCCAAAACAGCUGAACCACAUCCAAAACUACCUGGCACAAUUUAUACAGCAGCUGAGGAGAUUGAAAAAGCUGGAGGCAAAGCCUUGCCCUGCAUUGUGGACGUACGCAAUGAAAAACAGGUGCAACAGGCUGUCGAAGCAGCCGUGGCCAAAUUUGGAGGCAUUGAUAUUUUGAUAAAUAAUGCUAGUGCUAUAUCAAAAACUUCUACACUUAAAACUGAUAUGAAGCGCUAUGAUCUAAUGCAGAAUGUUAAUGCAAGGGGCAGCUUCUUGGUCUCCAAAGCCUGUUUGCCUUAUCUCCUAAAGAGCGAUAAUCCACACAUUUUGAACAUGGCGCCCCCUCUCAAUAUGAAUCCCCGAUGGCUAGCUGAUCAUUCAGCUUAUACUAUAUCUAAAUAUGGCAUGUCGAUGUGUGUUCUAGGCUUGGCGGAGGAAUUUCGCGGUAGGGGCGUGGCAGUUAACGCUCUUUGGCCUCGCAUUAAGGUUCAUACGGCAGCAGUUGACAUGCUUUUUGGACCAGAGGGUGAAUUUUUUGCACGCAAAGCAGAGAUAAUGGCAGAUGCUGCCUAUGCGAUAAUAUGUCGAAAUGCAAAAGCAUUUACGGGAAACUUUUGUAUUGAUGAAGACGUUUUGUUGAAUGAAGGCGUUAAAGACUUUGACAGAUAUGCUUGCUAUCUAGAAAAUAAGGACAAAUUGAGUUUAGCUUUAUUUAUAGAAGGUCCAUUAGCUAAGUUGUAAAGCGUUAAUAUUUGAUAUUUUGUUCUUAUGUUUAGAUUUAAAUCUAUUUUGUAUGAGGAAACAGUUUGUUUUUGAAUUAAUAGCACUGAAGUGUGACCCUCUGUCGUAAAUUUGUCUUUUUUUCUAUUCGAUAACAGCGGCAAUUUAACAACGAUGUAUUGAAUGUCAGUUAUAU